AACCCACGACCACGCGGUUUUUUGUGGACAUUUAACAUCUUCUCUAAAUAUAGUAUAGUGUACUUUCUCGUUGAUUUCGUGAAUGUAGCAAAUUUAAAACACAAAAAUACCCUUUAAAGCAAUAAUAUUUUGCUCUAAAGUAGGAACUAGCAUUUUUUGUCAUCAUGGCGAAAAUACCAAGGCAAGUAAAAGACAAAAUAAAGCCAUUAGUUCAAAAGCUACUUGACAAAUGCUCAAAUGUAAAGGUUUUAACAAGGAAGUUAGAGUGGGAAGAAAUUACAGAAAUUUUAAAAUUAGUUGAAUUAAUCCAAAACAUUGAAAAAGAUCAUAGGCAUCCGUUUCCUGACAGAAAUGUACACUGGAACAAAUUUUAUUCAUGGUGUAAGGAAAAUGGAGCUGAUUUUGAUGCUGUUAAAGUGAAAGAGAUAAGUGACAAAAAUUUUGGUUUGAUUGCUGAAAAAGAUAUUAAGGAAAAUGAUCCAUUUUUAUUUAUUCCAAGAAAAAUUAUGAUGACUGAAAACUCUGCUAGUUCUUCAAGAUUAGGACCUCUUAUUUCUAAAGACCCAGUUCUGCAGCAUAUGCCAAAUGUUCAAGUAGCUAUGCAUCUGUUGUUGGAAUUCAUAGAUACAAAUUCAUUUUGGAAGCCAUAUAUCAAUAUUCUACCUUCUAGUUAUGAUACUAUUCUAUAUUUUUCAUUGCCUGAACUUCAAGAACUUCAAGGUUCUCCAGUUUUAGAUGAAGCAUUCAAAUUAAUACGUAGCGUUGCAAGGCAAUACUGUUACUUUUUUCAACUGUUUCAGAAUGAUUCUUAUGCCAGAUCUCUAAAUAUUGGCUCAUACUUCACAUUUGAGCUGUACAGGUGGGCUGUUUCAACAGUUAUGACAAGGCAAAAUUUUGUGCCCUCUCCUGAUGGUCGGCAGAAAGUUACAGCUUUGGUACCUCUGUUUGACAUGUGCAAUCAUAUUGGUGGAAAACUGUCCACCGAUUUUAAUUUGGAAAAGGAUUCUUUAGUGUCUUACUCUUGCAAAGCCUUUUCAACUGGAGAUGAAGUUUGCAUGUUUUAUGGUGCUAGAACAAACUGUGAAUAUUUUCUACACAAUGCUUUUGUAUACCCAGAGAAUGAGAAUGAUGCCCUUGAAAUUAAGUUAGGAAUAAGCAAAAGUGAUCCUCUCUAUUCUCUUAGAAAUGAUUUGUGCAACAAAUUGAAUUUUCCAUUGAAUGAUGCUUUUCGAAUCAGUAAAGAAAAAUAUAUUAGUGAAAGACUAUUAUUGUUUUUAAAGAUUAUAGUUAUGAAAUCAGAUGAGCUGCAACAUGCUAUAAGUGAAGCAGACAACAUACACACUGUUUUAGAAAAAAAUUCAGACCUAAACCAUAGAGCUUUAAGAUUUUUGAGAGACAGAAUUCAACUUCUAUUAAAAUCAUACAGAACAACUUUGGAGGAAGAUGAAACUAUACUCAAGUCCAGUGUGUUUGAAUCCAGCCAUCAGCAGUUAAUUGUGAAUCUGCGAAUUUGUGAGAAGAAAAUAUUUCAUUGCGUCUAUGAUUACUGCUGUAAAAAUGUUGAAUGAUUUUUAUAUUUGUCCUAUUUUGAAAAUUUACCAUGUUUUGAAUUUUGUACUUAAUUUGUUUUCUGAUACUUGAGUGCUGUAGUUUGUACAUGCUUGUUUUUAAAUUAAAUUAAAAAAUAAGGUUUUAAGCUGAAAACUUUUUGUAAAAGAUCAACUUAAUAAGCUUACAUUUUUUAUUCACUAGCAAAAUACAGUUCCAUUUUACAAGUUUCAGACAUUCAUUAAUGCUUGAAAUUGCAGCAUUGAAAAAAUGCAUUUCGUUUUUGAACUUAAUUUAUAUUUAAAUUAUGGACUUUGUGAAAGGAAUAAGGAAGAUCUCAUGGACCGGCUGAAAAACAGGCUAUAAAAAUAAUAUAUAAGACUACAGUUUUUAAAUAAAUAACAAAUAUUUCAUUAAUUAGAAUCUAAGUUUUUCUCUUUGAAAAUUUGUUAGCCAUGAUCUCGUAUUAUGUUAGUCUUUCAGAUUGGCACCUUAUCUUAAUAUCAGUGGAAAGUGUUCAGUAGUGUAUUACUAAGUUUGUCAAUGGAUCUUUACAUUUUUUUAAUGACUCCAAAUGUGGUAGGCUAAAUAUAUAUUGUCUUGACCCAAAGAUAAUCUAGACUGAUUCAAAUUAUUUGUUCAAUUUUAUUUGAAUGCAAUAAGAUGCUGGUUUAUAAAGCUUUAGAUGAAUGGUUUUUAAUUUUUUUCAGCUAAAAUACCAAUUUUUGAAGUUUGUAAAGUUUUUAAGUGUUUGGUUUAAUUAACUUUUAAGUGUUGUAAAUGUGCUUGCUGCUUAUGAUAACACUUAUAGUUUUAUUAGGACACUUGAUCCUCAGCAGAGAUGGAUUUGCAGACGUGGAUCAGUAUAUUCAAGCCCUGAACCAGUUGCUAGAAGACUUUGCAUUUAUUUGCAUUUACAUAGAUAAAUCUUUUGAUUUUAUAAUUGAAGUUUAGUUCGAUUUAUUUUGGAGUAUACUUCAGUUUUGGUAUUCUUAUCUCUUUUUUGUGAAAGGGUUCAAAGAAGGACUACUAGGCUAGUAAGGGUACUUUUUGAUUGAGAUCAAGAUAUCAGACUUAAAGUGUAUAGCCUGGAGCUAAAGAGAUUCAGGGGGACAGGAUUCAUUUGUUUUUCUCUAUCAAAAUGAAAGAUUUUAAUGGGUUAAAUUUCUGCGUGGAAAGCAUGACUUGGGGUUAUUUUUUUCAGCUAUUCAAAUCUCAGGUAAACCUGCAAAUUAGGAAAAAUUACUACUUUGGCACGGUUGUGGGAACUUGUAACAGCUUUCUGGAAGAGGCUGUAAUGAGCAAGAGGGUAGAUAGCUUUAUGAGGGCCUUUGAUCUUUAUUGGGGACUAAUCAACUGACUAAGACCAGCCUAGCUGGGCCCAGAGCCUGUUGCCGGUCGUUACAUUUGUAUUUUAUUGUAUUGUAUCAAAGGGAGAAUUAAAUUCUUCUCAUAUAUCUUGUAUUUAUUUUCUGUGCCCCUAAUGUGUGCUAUGGGAUUUUGUUCUUCCUUAUGAUCAAAAAAUUGUGAAGUAUUAAUUGUUGCCUGUCAAGUUCUUCAGAAAGAAUAAGUUUAACAUUUUUUCUUUUAUUUUCUAUUCAUCUGUCGUAGUUCAAUCAAUUUCUGGCAUAAUAAAAGUUCUGUAUUGCAUUACCUUAUCAGUAUGUUCAUAGUUGGCAUAUUAAGUUUUAUUCUUUCAAUAUAUAAUUGGAUGUGACCACUUAAGAAGUUUCUUCAAUACCUAGAAUCAUUGAUAAAUAUAUAUUUUUUUUAAAUCUGAAUUAUGUUGAUAAUUUAGAUUACAAAGAAUAUUGGCUAAGAUUAAAAAUGCUUUAAAUAAAAAAAAAAAAUGAAUAUGUUAUCGCUUAACAUUGUGCAUACAAAUUAAUAGCAAUAUUUAUUGGGAAAUCACUCUCCCCCUAGGGAGGAUAUCCCAAAUAUAAAUCUCUACACACACCCAUGUUACUAAGGAAACAAUCAAUCUGCCUUUAUAUUUUAGCAUUAUUUAAAGGUAUAAACGAAGUUUGAAUUGAAUUGUUUUCUUUGUUUUAUAUAAACCCAAAUAAAUUAUAUAGACACAUUUGUUUAUCCUUACUGCUUUUAUGACUUUUUUUUUUACCCACUGCUGCAGGAUGAUAGCCCAAAAAAGUAAUGAACGGUUUAUUUUAAUCUCCCUUUCUGAAAAAUUGUCAUCAAUCUUUUGUAAAAUUUUAUUUAUAUUUUGUAAACUGUUUUCUUGUGUGAAAAUAUUUGCUUUGUGUGAUAUUUGUUAUUUGUCUCACAUUUUUUUAAAUGUUGUCAAGGUCUUUUCAUUAGUUAAAAAAUGCUUAAUAAAAAUUUACUUUGUUU